AUGGCCCUUCGCAUGUCACUGGUGACUUCCCUCACCCUUUUAAGUGCCCAUGCCCAUGCCGCCGGCGUGUCCGGCACGGCAUUCGGCUUCGCCAGCGGCACGACAGGAGGCAGCGACGCAACGCCAGCGACGCCGAGCGACAUCUCGCAACUGUCCGAGUGGCUGACCGACAGCACACCGCGGGUGAUCCUAAUUGACAAGGAGUUCAACUACCUCGGCAGCGCCGGCCAGAACGCCAUUGACUUGGACUCGUCUGACUGGUGCGGCGACUACCCGAGCACUAGCUGCGACUAUGACAAGGAAGCCUUGAAUGGCAUUGCCGUGGGCUCGAACAAGUCUAUUGUGGGCGUCGGCAGUGCCGGUGUCAUUCGUGGUAAGGGUCUGCGACUCGCCAAUGGGGUCAAGAAUGUCAUUAUUCAGAAUGUUCAUAUCACUGAGUUGAAUCCCCAGUAUAUCUGGGGCGGUGAUGCUAUAACUCUCGAUGGCACCGACCAGAUCUGGAUUGACCAUGUCAAGGUCUCCCUUGUGGGUCGGCAGAUGUUUGUGUCUGGUUAUGAAGCUAGCGGCAAGGUCACUAUAUCCAACAGCGAGUUCGAUGGCAGAACUAGCUGGUCUGCGAGCUGCGAUGACCACCACUACUGGACCGUACUCGGAUAUGGCAAAGAUGACCAGGUAACCUUCGCCGGCAACUACAUCCACCACACAUCAGGCCGUUCGCCCAAGCUGGAGUUCAAUAGCUACUGGCACGCAUACAACAACUACUGGCACAACAACACCGGCCACGCGUUCGACGUCGUCAAGGAAACCAAAGCCCUGAUUGAAGGCAACGUCUUUUCAGAGGUCAACACCCCCUCCGAAACAGACAGUUCACCCGGUGAAACUUUCGCAGUGACCAGCAGCGACAAGUCAACCUGCGACUCAAUUCUCGGCCGCGCCUGCGCCGUAAACUCACUCGAGUCCUCAGGCGAGCUGAGCGCCAGCGACGAAUCCGUUCUCAGCAGCUGGCCCAGCGGCGAGAGCGACAUCACCGUCCUGGACGCGAGCAAGGUGCGCGCUUCCGUUCUGGCGAACGCGGGUGUUGGAAAGCUGGGUGGCAGCAGUGGUGCCAGCAACGCUGUCACGGCUUCGGCGCCUACCUAG